AGAAAGUUGGUUACAGGGGUGGAGAGAAAAGAGGACACAAUAUAAGUUGUAAUUGCCCCCAAAGCACUGUUCGCUACAUGCCAGCAAGGAUACAAAACAAAACCGAAAAUGCAAAACGAGAGAGUGUGAAGAACGACGCCAUACGCACAGCAGCACCAUCGCAGUGGUUGAGGAGGAAGGGGAUGAUGCAUUACACGCUUUUGCUCCGAUUGAUUUAGAUUGAAAGCUAAAUUGGUGAUAGUCUUUUAUGAUGCUUUGUUGUUCAUCGUGUUUGAAUUUGCGAGAUCGAUUACAGCCAUGGAUUCGCGACUACGAUAGGCUCCAGUCCUUUGCUGUCAUCCUCAUUUACCUUCAGAUUGGGUGCGCGUUGGUUGGAUCGCUGGGAGCAUCCUACAAUGGUGUGUCGCUCGUAAAUCUGGUAGUUGCGUUGUUUGCUUUGGUCGCAAUUGAGAGUAGCAGUCAGAGCCUUGGCCGCACCUACGCCUUUCUUCUCUUCUGUACCAUAUUGCUUGACGUUUGUUGGUUUAUUCUUUUCGCUCGAGAAAUUUGGAACAUUUCUACUCAAGAUUACACAGCAUUUUUCAUAUUUUCAGUGAAAGUUACACUGGUUAUGCAAAGUGUUGGUUUUACAGUGAGGCUAUCAUCCUCGUUGUUAUGGAUUCAAAUUUACAGGUUGGGUGCUUCCUAUGUGGACACAAUUUCUCGAGCAGCAGAUGCUGAUUUGAGGGGUAGUUUUUUGAGUCCCGUGACACCUGCAAUAGCAAGGCAAUGCUCAAAUUCCAAUGAGAUACUUGGAGGUUCUAUAUAUGAUCCAGCAUACUUCUCAUCCCUAUUUGAAGAUGGUCAAGAAAACAAAUAUCCAAGUGGGAUGCUCAAUCAUGACAUUAUCCAUAAUGAGUCCACGUCAUUUGCUGAAGUUUCUGAGAAGUCACCCGCAGGCAGAUCUUAUCAGGCUGUGGAUGAGAUUCCUAUCCAGUGGGCUCCAAGUAGCAUCUUUAAGGAGAUUUCUUAGGAUCGUUAGUUGGUUUGAGAUAAGGUUCGGUGAUUGGCUUCUACUUAGCACAUGGAAGAGAAUGGGUUGGUUAAGAGGGAAAUUGUUUGAAAUAGAUCCGCAUAAACAUUGUGCCCACUGUGGGGGUGGGUCUUGUACCAUAUGCAAUUUUGUUGGCAAUGUUCUGACUGAAUGUUGGUGGAAAGGAGAGGUGCACUGAUUGGUACAUCUUAUGACAAUGAUAUCAUGAUUUCCCUAGAACUAAGGAAACCAUUCUGGUUGUGUCAAAAUAUUUGGGUUUCACGUUGCUGACAAAUCUGCAAAUGGGCAAGAAAGCAGUUUGCUUCACUGCACUCCUGCUUUGCAUGCUACGUCUAUAGCUAUAGGUGAACAAGGGUCCUGGGAUGUAUUAUCUUUUUUCCAGGAUUCUAUUUUACUUUUUUGUUUUAAAUUUUGCAGUGAUUUGAUUAGGGGCCAGUUAGUAAAUCUGUAGUUACCAAGGGAAUGCUAGCAAAAUAUUUUUUUUGUUCCAUUUUUUUUAUAACUAGACCAUCAUACACAGUAUUCAAGAUACUUUCAAUGAAUUAGUGUUCACAUUCAUAUUGUAAUUGAAUUACGCA